AUGCCCGAGUCGAAUUUCGAUAUCGACCGGCUAGGAAUGCUCACUUUGCAACAUUUUGAAUAUGGCGUCGAAAGCGACAGGUCUUCUGGUGGCGAGAAUUGCUAUUCUAAUUCAGAACACGGUUCAAACACCUCGUCGCCGACAUAUCUUACAGAUGACUCCGAAAGCCCUCUUAGUUCCCCGACAGAGCUCAAACAUUCAGUUAAAUUUUGGGAGCAAAAUGAAGACACGGCGGCUGGAAUUUCUUCAGAGGAUGUUGACGACGAAGUGAGCCAGCACGAGGCGUCGACUUGCAGAUAUAAACGAGGUAAUGUAUUGAUGCGAGGCGAACGCCUGUAUUCUAAAAUCUUACUCACUCAAAGAAUGGAGGUCCAAUUUGAGCUUCCGUGAGUGUCAGUGCUGUUUUUGAAUAGCUGGAGGGUGAGUAUAGUCACAUAGCAAGGUACGAGACUAACCCUCCAGCUAUAUAUAAAAAAACAGCACUGACACUCGAGGGAAGCUCGGCUGACCUAAAGCGUCGGUCAAACGAAGUCUCAUCGACUCCUAUAUGCACUCUCAUCAACAAUUCGUCAGCAUUGAACUGGUUCAAAUUUUGAUAAGAAUUUUUGAUCGUUUGACUGGUAAUCUAACCAGCUCUCAUCUUCUGAAAUAUUCUUCUGAGUGCGAACGUAAUGCAGCUAGUAUUGUAGUCACACACUCUGGGACUGAUCUAGUACAAUCAAUCAUAGUGACAAAAUUCGAGGGCCCACUGCGCUGGAAACGGUAGUAUGACUGCCCUUCUCCCCUGUUCAAUGCUGUGAGACUAAAAUUGAUCUUUUAUCUGAAGUGAUUUGGUUUUGCAGUUGUGUUAUCGAUAACUCUCCCAGGAAAUGAAGAAACAUUGAAACGGGGGGCAUUACAUGUUAAUUUGCGUCAUUAUUUAUAAAGAUAACCUUUCCACCACCUUAUUUAAAUGUCACUAAUUCUGAACCGAUCUAUAAAGGGUUGAUUAUACGAAGAGUUUUCAGCCUGGGCUGAAUUUCAACCGGGUUAACCGAGAUAUAAUUGUUGCACGAUUACCUGGCAAGCUUCAGCCCAUGCAGACUGAGUUAAAAUUCCAAUUAAAUCCGGGAUGGAAUCUCAGCCCAGGAUGAUCUAGUCUUAACUGCUAUUCCACUUCUUUGAAGAAUUUAAAAUGCUGUGUAUGUCCAUUAUUUGGUGUGAGCGAGACUCUGAUUGCAUUUAGAGAAUUAAUUGUUUUUUUGAACCCGGUUGAAAUUUCCAGUCGAGUUACAUGACGAUUUUCAGCCCAGUCAACAGGGAGGAAAUUUCAGACUGUGAUUUCUGGUCAGCAUAAUGAACACUGAAUACUCAGGUCCUAUAGACCUAGGCCAGUUCUAUAUAUAUGUAUACCUAUAAGAGGCCUUCACGGCUUCACUGCACUGAGCUGAAAUCGAUUCGGAGCCGUAUCGGACUAACGCCUGUAUUCCAAAAGCUCACUCACACUCAUUCAAAGAGCUUCUGAGCUUCCCUUGAGUGUCAGUGCUGUUUUUGAAUAGCUGGAGGGUCAGGUGAGUAGUCAGAUAGUAAGGUACGAGACUAGCCCUCCAGCUAUUCAAAAAUAGCACUGACGCUGAAGGGAAGCUCAGAUUGAACCUCCACUAUUUGAGUGUGAGUGAGCCGUUUUAGAAUACAUGCAGGCGUAAUUGUCGAUCUAAACUAUACCACCUUGAGAGGUGUUCUCGGCUUCUUGCUUACAAGUAAAAUAAUUUCUUGCUCAGCAGUUUGGCAUUUCUCGCGGUUACUAACGGGAGUUCAUUCGAUCAAUUUAUUCAAGCCUUGUGAGAUUUUAAGAACUACGACGCGACAACUAGAGAGCUUAAGAGCUACGACGCGACAACGCAACGACACGCCUACAAAACACUUAAGAAAUUUUUCAUGCAAAACAAAAACUAUGAAUAACAUGUGAUCCCAUUGAUAUCAGCGUUGAUGCAACAGAUCCUUCUGAGCACGACGUUAAACGAAGUAUUUUCACGUCUUUCGACAAACGCGAAACUCCGAAAGCUUGUUGCGACGUCAAUGUUAUAGCAGUCAAGUCAAUGUUAUAGUAAAGUCAAUGUUAUAGCAGACAUCACAUUGUUUUUCCUGAACUUAGCUUUUCGAGGUUAUUUCAGGGUGUCUUUCAUGUAUAGUUUGUAUACCAUGAGGGAAGGUCUCCUCCAUCCACUAUUUUGGUCCCUCCAGUGAACUAUGCCCCCAUAUGCCCGCAUCCAAGAGAAGAAUGACUUGUUAUAAAAACAUUUUAGUAUUUCCAUGACCAAAUUUUUGUCUAGCGCAUGAACUAUAUAAAACAAUUGUGUCUGAAAAUGCUGAAAAUCAAGCAUUAGAGUAAUCCAAUAGACCUUUCCCCUUAUGAGUGAAAUUUUGAUCUAGAUAUGCCUGCAUGGACAAAAAUUUCAUCACAGCUUGAAAGAGCAUCACACAAUUAGUAAUAUUCCGAAGUUUCGUUGCGAAAUGUUGUAAAAUGCAGAUAAUAUAGCCUUGCGAAGUUUGCCGUUUUUCAGUCAUUUAGAUUACAAAUGGGAAAUUGAUAAUCAGAUGAUCAAACUGAUUAUCAAUUUCCCAUUUGUAAUACAAAAUGACUGAAAAACGGCAAACCGGCUUCGCAAGGCUAUAUUAUCCGCAUUUUACAACAUUUCGCAACGAAACUUUGGAAUAUUACUAAUUUUGUGAUGCUCUUUCAAGCUGUGAUGAAAUUUUUGUCCAGACUUGUCUAGACCAAAAUUUCACUCAAAUGGGGAAAGGUCUAUUCCUUUGCGCUCAUCCUUUGAGCUGAAAUGGAGACCGCUGCAUCGUCCAGUUCGGCAUUAUAUAUAUCAUGCUUUUAUUUCACAGGUCGGCGAGGCAAAGAAACAAUUUCGAGACGCAAUGAACGAGAGCGUCGACGCGUCCGUCAGAUCAGUGAAGGAUUCUGUGAGCUACGAAAACGUCUGAUGAUCCAACCACGCAACAGAAAGUUACCGAAGCUCCAGAUAUUACGGAAGGCGAUCUUGUACAUUAAGAACUUGCAGGAUAUGAUCAGAGAGAGUGAUUUGCAGAAUGCUUCAGCUAGAAAUCGACUUGCCGCAUGUCCUACGACACCAUCUGAGAUGCCGGUAACUCUUAGAAAAUACUACAGCCGAAUCUCUCUUUACGGACGCUUCAGUAAUACACACACCUCUCUAAUUUGGACACUCUCUAAUACAGACACCUCUCUAAUACAGAAAUCUCUCUAGUACGGCAACUGCUCUCUAAUACGUACAGACACUUCUCUACUACUGACCACUCUCUAAUAUGGACACCUUUCUAAUACAGACAUCUGUCCAAGACAGACACUAACUCUAAUACAUCUUCCUCUAAUAUGGCUGUACAUGUGUGACUCAUAUAUGAAUAAAAUUUCAUGCAUAUUGUCAUAAAAAUUACCAUUAUAUUGCUGUCACCAUUAUUCCGUCAUAUUAUCAUAAUCAUUGCUAUAUAUUUCUUACAAUUAUCAUUAUCAUAACAAUUAAAUUAUCAUUACUAUUGCAAAUUCUAUUACCAUCAUCACUACCAUGAUUUGCAUGCAAACCAUUAAAUCACUCUAACAGUUCAUCUAUCAUUAAAGUUACCAAUACUAUUUUUUCAUAAUGAUUAUGACUACCAUCAUAUCUACAACUGCAUGCUACCAUUUUACUAACAGAGACGAUUGUAACACGCGACAACUGAACUGAAAAUUCGGUGGAAAUCAUGGGUAGCUUAGAGGCUUCCGAUUUCUGUCCAUUUUAAAAUUGUCUUCGUUUUGAUACACCCCGUAUAUCUCCAUUUUAUUAUAUAUACAAGGUCUGGAUAUGAGGUAUUCUGGUUCUCUACUAGCAGGAUAUUAGCUCAUAUCCUACUAGUAGAGAAAAACAAAAUGGCGGUCAAACUGAAUUUCCGAUUUUUGCGAACGAGAAAACGGCAAGUUGUUCGCUUUAUAUAGCCUUUACAGGAUUAAAAACACAAUAAAAAAUCUCCCACAAAUUGUUUACAGGUUAGCAAAUGAAUUUUCAAAAUUUAAAAUGGUUAAAAAUAUAUAUUUUUGAAAAAAUAAUCGGCCGAAAGAGCGAAGAUAAAAACAUAAAAAAAUAUUGAAAAUAUCCGAAAAGCAAAGUCUGUGAAUUCAGACCUUGUGUAUAUAAUAAAACAGUUAUUCCACUCACUCUCGUCGAAUAUGAGCGAUAGCCGAUUCGGCGUUACGCGCCUCAUCGGCUAUCGGCUCAUAUUCGACUCGAGUUCGUAGAAUAACUGCGUGUUAAAUAUUCACACCAGUAUAUUGUCCCUUGUAUGAGCAUUUUAUUCAUCGUCAUCCUUAUAUCAUAAUCUCAAUGUUUAGCCGAUGGCUUACCUAUACGAUCCUUCAUAUAUGAACAAACAACCUCAAGGUAUGCAAACACCCUACGUGAACACGCCAACGGUGCAAAGACCCGAUUUCCGCCAUCAAGAUCCGCAGUCUUGGUACUUGCAAAGGUAUCAAUUAUAAAGAAACAAGAAAGGUAACAGUAAUUUCCAUGUAAUCAACUUCAAGUAGCUGAUAUUUUGGCAGACGCAUAACCCCGUAAGUAAAAACCAACUAAUAUUUAGGAUGGUUAGAAAUAUUUAGAUUAUAUAAGAGGUUUAGAUUUGAAAAAUCACAAUGAAAAUUGAAAAUUGAAUCCAGCAGUUUUUUGCUGAAGUUGAAACGCAAUCGUGAUUACGUAGUUAAAUAAAUGAUAAUUAAUAUUCACUUAUUAUUACGCAAAAAGGCGAAAUGCAACGAUAUGGUCAACAUAUUUUUUGCAACACUUUUCAGUGCUGUACAGUUUUUCGUCAAAUUUCAGUGUCCCCCUUAACUUAAGAUAUCUUGCAACGCUAUUGAACUAGCCUUGAGGAUUG